AUGAUCAGCUAUCGUAUAGCAACGUCUGAUACAAAGCAAGAGGUUCAAUGGCAGGAUGCAGCCAAGGCAAGCAAAAAACUACUUCAGUUGCCUCCGAUGCAGCUGCCUUCAGUGGUCAAGCGCUGGAAACAUCAGAUAGCGGCAAAGACAGUGUGGCUUCGUACACAACGCAGCAUUCAGAACUCUGCUUUUCUAUCAGCAGGAGGAUCCGAAGCAUCGACUCGCAUGACGGCAAACCCAAAGGUGAUCGAUCGCAAAGACUUGGAGCUUGGCGCCUUGCUUGGUGAGGGAUCGUUUGCUUGCGUUCACGAAAUCCGUCAUUUCUGCAAUGACACGAUUGUGCCUUCAAGACAAGGUGAACAUAUGCUUGAAAUGGAAGAAUCCCAGCCUUCCAGAUACGUUGUCAAACAGCUUCCAGGAGUAGAACUGGGCGGUACACAGGGUAAGCUGUACCAGGACGCUGCAUGUGAUUUGAUCAUGGAGUCCAUCUAUCUGUCUCGACUGGAUCAUCCUGGUAUUGUUCGAGUGCAUGGGGUCUCAUCUACAAUUCACAAGUGCUUGACCAAUUCAAAGUGGAGAACGUUCCGUUCAAAGGGAACAGAUGUGGCCACAAAAGAGAACGACUACUUCAUUGUAGUGGAUAGAAUCGUUGAAACUCUGGACAAACGCAUCCUCCUGUGGAAGGACGAGGACGUCGACAAGCGAGAACUCUUCCCAAUUCACUGCCGAAUUGGUCUUCAACUGGCUCAAGUUCUCUCUUUCCUGCAGCAUCGACGCAUCGUCUUUCGGGCCCUAAGCCCCGAGAACGUUGGUUUCGACCAAGAGACUGGGAUGGUCAAGCUGUUUGACUUUGGAAGUUGCCGUGAGCUCCCGAAAGCAAGACCAUGGGAACCGACCAUGACUCAGAAGGAGAUGCGAAGCUUGCACUACUAUCACGACAAGACGAAUGCCUCCACCAUCCGUCAUCAUGAACAGGUCUUUCACAUGUCAGCAGUUGGGAGCCCAAGAUAUAUGGCCCCGGAAGUCGUCAAACAGCCACACCUGUACAAUGGAAAAUGCGAUGUCUACAGCUGGUCUAUCUUGAUGGUGCAUCUGCUGGCUCUGGAGGACCUCUUUGUCGAUUGGAACAAUCUCGACAUCUUACAGAGGGUGGUCUGGGGAGAGGAGCGCCCCGCCCUGUCGUAUUUGCGGCUUCCACCUCCACUGGAGCAGCUCUUAAAGCAUGCAUGGGCCACUGAUCUCUCUGUGCGACCCAAUGUACACCAGGUUCUGGACCAUAUGGAGUUGAUUGUGAAGUAUCAUUUAUGA